AUGAAUCGGGGCGGAAGCUACCCCCAGCCCGGCGCUCAUGUCCACGAUCUCGCCUGCGGCACGGGCCUAGUCACCUUCCUCGCAGAAGCUCAGGUCGGACCGACAGGGUACGUCGGCGUCGAUAUCAGCGCGGGGAUGCUGGGGGUUGCGCGGGGAAAGGCACAGCGAACCGGGUCGCGGGUUACCUUCUACCAGCAUGAUAUCUCCGAUUUGACUGAUUUGGAUCUGAAUCCGAAUCCGGGAGGUGAAGGCGAGGGCGCAGGCCAGUUCGAUCUAAUCACUUGUGCGGCGGCCCUGGUGCUGCUCCCUGAUCCGCUUGGAGCGAUACGGAGCUGGGCGGAGGUCGAGAGGGUGUAUUUGAGCCCUGUCUUCCAGGUGAAGGAGCACAAAGUUCAGCAGGCUGGGGAGUUAUUCGAGCAGGCGGUUUCAAGUCCUAUGUUUAGGAAUUUCGGGGUGGGAAGUAUCAGGGACCAGGCGAAGAGGUUGUUUGACGAGACGUUUGUGGAAGAAGCUGGGGAGGAGGGUGUGUUGGUGGAUGAGGCCAAGAUGUAUAUUGGUUUGCUGUCAAGCGGUGACACUGAUGUUAUCCAUGAGUUUGAAUGUUAUGUUUGA